CGCCCAGUACCAGCCGUGCGCGGUUUGUAGGACUGCGCUGGAGUAUCGGGUUUUUGAUGGUAGGGUUUGAGUGGGUCUUGAAUAUUGUCUACACGCUGGUAAACAUUGUAACGACGAUUUAAUUGCCCUGGCCGAACGAUACCAUCAGCAAGCGGACUGCAACACAUCUCAAUUUAUCCCCACUUAUGAUGAUACGGCCUGCUCUUCAUUCGGUGCAUGCGCAGUGACGGCCGGGCCCCACCCUGUCUCACCGGCAUCUGGAGGAUGACGGCAGGUUUUACCAGAUUGGACGUUACCGUGUCCUAGUGGAACUCUCACCGGGCGAACCGGCUUCAGUCUGCGGUGACCAACCUCAUGCCCUCCCGAGGAAGCCGCGCCCACCUUCCGGAGUAAGCAGCGAAGGAGUAUUUCCCAUCAAUGGACCGUUUGCGUCUGCCUGCAUUGACGUCGCUGUUGGCCAUUUUGGCUGUACAUAGAGGACAAUGUGAGUCGUUAUUCGUGAACAGCGAGGUGAAUGCAGUGGUGGGAGAGCAGGUCACAUUACCCGUCACGGUAGCGAACAACGAGAGGAUCCUCAGCCUCGUUUGGAGAAAGGUGGAGGGCGCGCAAAGGGUCAUGGUCUACUCCUACAUUCCAGCCGAGGACUACAGGGCCUCGCUAGGCCCACUGGAGGGGAGGGCGGAGCUGGUGGGCUUGUCUCUGAAGAUUGACAAGUCACAGAGAGGGGACGCCGGCUUGUACGUUAUAGAGGCUACACUGGUACAGUCCGGGCCGCAGGAAGCAAACAUCAACUUGAACAUAUUAGUGCCUCCUACAGUAACGGUAGGUCCAAGGAACCCGUAUGUAGUAAGAUGGCGGACCAACAUCAGUGUCAUCUGUUCAGUCGGCGACCCCGUCCCAAAGAUUAAAGGAUUGUCAUGGAAAAAGGAUGGGAAGGUUAUAGACGUGUCACGAGGAAAGUACGGACACGGGGACGUGGAGUCACCGUCGCUUCAAAUCAGGAACGUCAGUAAAGCCGAUUGGGGGACCUACACAUGUGUGGCCGAUCACAAGACGGGUAUCAGCUCCGACAGUUUAGAACUACAAGUAGAAUACCCAGCAAUCAUCACAGAGAUCACAAAGUCCCUCACAGCGAACGCAGGCGACAGGGUCUUGUUGGAGUGCCGCGCCGAGGGCAACCCCGAGCCGACCGUGAUGUGGUCUCGGGCAGGGUCGCGUGUCCUCCCGGGGACCCAGGCCUUCAGUGACGGUCUGAGCACGCUGACUCUGGGCAACGUGAAGAAGAACGACAGCGGAGUCUACACGUGUGUGGCCAGUAAUAACAUUGGGGAAAGUCACACGAGAUCGGUCAGACUAAGAGUAGAAGGUUCAGAGACGAACAGUUUGACGUUGACAGCCAUCAUAGCCGGCGCAUGCGCGGGAGGAGCCUGGAUCAUCCUCUGUCUUGUGCUGUUAAUUCUGUGGAUAAGAAGAAGAAGACGAAGGCGAAAUGACGCAGCAUACUACUCCGUGGGCUCCAGAGAGUUCCAGUUUCUGGCCAGCCGGAGACUGGCGGAACUGCAGGCGACAAAACCCAUGCCGCCUCCCGCAGCGCCUCCCAAGAGAUCCUUAAUGACAGCCGGAACAACACUUGAAUCCUCUCCGCGUCGUCAGGAUCCUUCCAAGCCGACAUGCGAGACUCUGGACAAAAGCCGCAUGAGAGCAGCAGAGGGAGGAAGGCGACUCGCCCGCGUCAUCUACAGCUACCAUCCGCAGGAGGAGGACGAGUUGGAGCUGAAAGUGGACGACAUCCUGGAAGUCGUGAAGGGAGACGACUCCGGAGGCUGGUGGUACGGUCGUCUGGGCAACAAGCUGGGACUGUUCCCCUCCAACUAUGUGGAGAUGAUGACAGCAGGUCUUGCCAAGCCCAGUGCACCAAGAGGACCAAGCGGAAGAGGGGAGAAACCAUCGCCAGGAGCAAAGGCGGGCAGGCUAGAGGAACUGGUGGAAGAUCCCCUACACGUGUCAACACCGGAGAAGCGCGGAGGAGGACAAAACAUGAGUUGGUGAAGAGGACCUACUAAGCACAAGGACCAAUGCUACAGAGCGUAGUGAUACCGAAAUAAAUGGCGGUGAUCAGACCUUCCAUCUUGGCAAGCAAUUCCUCGUGACCCGUAUUUUCGUUUCGAUGAAUAAUUUUAUUUCAUGAGUCAAAUAGAACUUUUUGAUGGAGGAAGGGCCCCGCGGAAAAUAGAGACCAUAAAAACAUUUUGGUUUGUUUUGUUCAAAUUCAUGGCCUAACGAUCCCCAAAGACGUACAAAACGACUCCAAUGUUUCUUGGUACGUAAUAUUAUGACUCUUACUAGCAAGAUGAAGCGAUGGGUUUUAGGCAUACAG